AAAAAUUGGUGAAAUUUGGACGGUUUGUAUUGAAUUAACUCACAACUUCCCCUUUCUCUCUCAUCCUCUUCUUCUUCUUCCAUUUUUACUUCACUGACACACUCCUCCUUAGUCCUUACCUUCCCCCAAUCUCCUCGAUUUCCCUCUUUUUCAUCUUCUAAUUUCUCCCAAAUUCAUCGCUUUUUCGUUUCUAACUAUAAUUCCAAUUUCCCCCGAUGAUUUUCAACACUAUUCUCAAUUUUAGGGUUCUAUUCAUUUCAAUCUCUUCUUUUAGGGAUUUGAUCGUCUUAUCUCCUUUCAAGUAACAUCCAAUUUCGAUAUGAUCGUCUGCUUCUUUGCAGUUUUUUUCUCUAUGAUUGCGCGAUUUUCUAUUCUAAUGAUCGUUCUAGGGUUUUUUUCCGCUUGAUCUUCCUGCUACUGUUCAUUCAGUUGGCACUGCAGAGAGCUGAGGGAGAGAGAGCAAAUGAGAAAUAGCGAGCUUACCUUGCCACAGAUAUAGCUGCAAAAGAAACUUGAGAAGAUGCUACUGAAAUAAACUAGUGCUAGAACUUGAAAAACAUUAACUGGAUUUAUCAGGUCUAUGUGAUCACCUUGAAGUUAUAAAGAGGCAAUGAAGGUGACAGGAACUGCACAGAAUCGAGCCAAGCAAUUUGAAGAGGCACAUUGGUCAAGGAAGCAGUACUUAGACACUGCUAGGGGACACUACUUGAGUGCACUUGCUGGGCUGAGUGGUGGAAAGAAAGAACUAACAAAAAUAUCUCAUAGUAGUGAUUCAUCUUUGCUUUUGGAAGACAAUGCCAUCAACCAAGAAGCAAAAGCUGAACGAGCAUCCACACCAGGAGAACAAGAGCAGGCAAAGACCUUCACCGAAAUAGACGUACAAAUGCAAUUGCCUAACAGAGUCCUCAAAGCAUCUGAAAAUGAUUUGCACGCUGUGAAAUUACAGUUACAUAAAAACCUUACUAGAAAUUGCAAAUCUCAAAUCACUGAAAUGAUUUGUAAACUUAAGAGUAUCAGAAAGGAGUUGGAUAGCAAUGAUGCGGCCGAUUUAAAAUCUACGACAAUUGCCUCAUUAGAGUCUGAUGAUGCUAAGGAGUCAUUGCCAAAGAAAAUGGUAGAGAAUAGCUCCCUCCACAGGAUGGUAGAGUCUCUUAAAGCUGAGCUAGAAAAUUGGAAGAAGGAACAUGCAGAAUUAGAUGGUAUUGAUGCAGGAGCAGAAUUUGUGGCAAGAAAUUCGCAUUUCAGGCUAUUUACAAGCAAAACCGAGAAUGGAGGUUGUCUUGAAAUGAGAAAUAAAACUAGACAGACUUCUGAAGAGGUAACUCAGGAUAAAGAUGAAGCAAAUGACUUGAAGAUCAAGUCUAAAGGUCUUAAACGGGAACAUGGUGCCACAAAAUUCUGUAAAGAAGGGGAGAAGAGGCCGAGAAUUGUUCUUGGUGUUGAUGAAGUAAAGGAGGGUACAGAGAGCGCAGUUGAUCAGGCUAAAAGCUUUCCUGAGGGAAUCUAUCCUUUAAGUGUAUCAACGUCUGAGUCUAGUGCCCGAAUCAUGAUUUCUGAAGAUGAGCUUGAGUCAUCAGGCCAGCAAGUGGGGAAGUCAGCGAGGUUAGAAAGGAGCACUUCAGUUGCAAGAACAGAAGGAAAUGAGGCGGAAAAAUGUGAUUAUGCUUCUGAAUUCUCUAUUCGAGACUUUGUCUUUUCUGCGCGGAAUAAAGACAUCAGCUUGAAUUGGCCCUUCUCUCAAAAAAAUCUGCAACUUUGCAUGAAGCAUGGUGUAAAGGAUGUAUUGCCUCCUUUUCAGCCUAUGAAAUCUCUUCGAGAUACUUCCACGAAAAGAUGCUUGGCUGAGAGAAGCUUGCACAGUGAAGAAAGUAAUCUUGACGGAAAGCAGCCAAUGCUGAAAAAUCAUCUUGUACCUGGCACGACUCUGCGAAUGGAUCAUUCAUGGAACCAGGAUCUUGCUGAAGGCUACAGGGAUUCAGAUUUAUUUCCUACUGGAGGGGAUAGAGGUUUGGCGUUUAAGACUCUUGCUGCUGCUAAUUCACAAUCAGAAGUGGGGUCGGUUUCUACUAGCAACCUUCCUUUGUCAGAAGUCUCAGAUGAACGAGAAGCUGUAGGUUCAGCUGCUAUUAACAAGAGGAACAGUUCAACAUCACAAGUAUCUAAUAAGAAGUGCAAAGUAACGAUGAAGAUGCACAAUAACAGUAAACGUAACCCACCUGAAGAUAUAACAUCUGCUUGUACUGUCCCUCCAGAAACAAUUUCUUCGAAGAUUUGCCCUGUCUGUGAGAACUUCUCGUCAUCUUCAAAUACCACUUUGAAUGCCCACAUUGAUCAAUGUCUUACUUCACAAUCUCCUCCAAUCUGGAUGAAGAGUUCUAAGCUAAUUAAGCCUAGAAUAAAACCAAGAAAGAUAAGAUUAAUGACUGAUAUCUGUGCAACUGCUCCCUGCUGCACUUUGGAAGAUUUGGAUAGAAGAAACGGUACUAACUGGGCCACGAAUGUAGAUUUCCCUUUGGAGGAUGCUGAGGUGCCUGUCGAACGGAGAAUUGCUGGAGUAUCAUCCAGAUGUCUUGUAAAUAAUGUUGAUGAUGCUUCUGUUUAUAUUGACUCAAGUGGCAGGAAAAUACGAAUUCUUUCGAAGUUUAAUGAUACACCACCACCAUCGUUUUCGAAGGCUAGAGAGGAUUUAAGACCAAGGAAGCAAUCAAUAAAGGGCAAGAGAAGCAAAUUUUUUUCACCAAAUAGGAAAAAGCAUCUUGCUAAACAUUUGAAGUAUCUAAAAGUCUCCCGCCAAAGGAAACGAUCUUUUUCUCUGAAGGUCAAGGGCCGCUCCACUAAAGCUUGUGAGACUGAAGAAGCUAUGGUGGCAGUGGGAGACAGGCAUAUAGAGCAGCAACAAUCCGUCUCAUCUGAUAAGAGACUCAAAGCUCAAGAACAGAACCAUCCCGGUGUUGCAGGGACUUCAAGUCGAUGGAAAUCGCUCAAGAUAUCUAAUUUGUUAAAGAACAGUGAUUCUGAAGCCAUUACUAAACUCUCGAGGUGCGACGUUCAAGCAGCAAAGGACUUGGUCAUUGGGAAUGGUCAAGUUGGGAUUGCUCAAUUGGAGCCCAGGAGGACGCCUGUCAAGAAGCAUUUGAAUUUUCCAAAGAGAUCUCUCUCUUCUAAACAGAGAAACUUGAGGACUCUUGUUAUUUACCCUGCUGGGAUGGACCAGAGCAGCGAGGCUUCUUUGAAAGGGAAGACUCUAGGUGGUCGCUCACUGAGAGGUGCAGUGCGUGGAAAGAUAGAGGCGUCUCAGAUACCUUUGAAUUUGGGAACUGAUCAGUUCAAAGGGGGUAUUGCUAAGGAAUCAACACCCAGGAUUUCAGAGACCACUACUGUUCCAGCUCCUGGUGGUGAAAGAGAAGUUGACAUCCAACCAAAUGCUUUACAAGUUGCUGAUAUUUCCGUUCCUACUAGCAUGAAACUGCUACAUAGUUGUCAAAUUGGCCUAUCUGAAGGAAGGAGGUUACGCAAUAAGACUAACAUGCUUUCACCCAAUCGCUCUGAUUUUCGUGCGUGCCAGGCUAAUUCUGACAAAAUGGGGUCUGCUCUUGAAGACUCUUGUGACUGCAGUGGAAAUGAAGAGACAGAAGCAUGGUCUGCUGAUAUUAUUCAACAGUCUGGUGCUAUGACUGACCACCCAAAAAGCAGCAGAUUAAGUGGCUUCCUUGGAAGAUCUAGCACGGUUAAAGUGAGACAAAAGCAAGCGUUGGAACAUGGUCAGGAUGGACAGAAAGACACCAACAGAAGUGAUGAACUUUCUGAUGACACCCAUGGUAAUUAUAGUUGUGUAAGAUCGGCCACAAAAGGUCUUCAUAAUGAUAGGGAUUUAAUUGCUUCCGUUUCAUCUUCCAGCUUUGCUGUUGGAGUGAAUGAGAUAAGUGUAAGGACCGUUUUGGAUUCUGAAGUAGAAACUAUUGCUGAUAUAUCUCCUCAGUCCGAACUACUGCAUUGUUCAGACAAGUUUCAGGGUGCUAUAUUCGGGGCUGAAACUUCAAGUCAACCUGAUCUGAGUGAUGCGCAUGAAAUGUUCUAUGGAAGAGUAGCUGACGCUGAGAGAUUGGAGCUGAAAACAGGAGAUUACAUUCUAAAUUUUGGGCAUGGAAGUUUUCCGGAAGUUGAUCCAAUACCCAUUCCAGGACCACCAGGAUCAGAUUUGCCUAGUUUCAGUGAUAUGGGCUCUGAAGAUCUACAUGAAAUUUCACCAAGUAAACCAUCCAGGGAUGGUGAUGAUGUGGUUGAUAAAGAUUUAUCGGAGUCCUUACUAUCUGCCACAUCCACUAUCUCAAGCUUGGUUAGAACAGAUGAUUUUACUUUUAACGAUCAAGAAUCUUUGAGUGCUUCUCUUUCAGUCCCUGAUAUUGUUAAUCCUGGGUGGUUAGGUGCCAGCUCUGGACCUUUGUCAGGGAUAUCAACUGUGUCUUCACAAUUUAGUAUUGCUGCCUGUGAAAGGGUCACUUGUGUCACUAGUUCUGAAAAAGGCAUGAAUAAUCUAGGAGGCGGCCCUGCCACGCUGAAUCAUGAUAACCAGCCAUGCUGUUGUUCCAAACAGAGCGAGUGUACUCAGAGUACUAUGAAUUCUAGGGAAUCUCAACUCCUGGGGUGGAGACCUACAACCUAUCAAAAUCUUUCCGGAGGGAAGCAUACAUAUUCCACCUCGGAUGGAUUGUCAAAUGAUUUUGAGGACAGAAGUGCAGUGUUCUCUUCCAGCAUCUACCAAAGGGUAGAGUCCGCCAACUUAUCUCAUUUUGUAGAAACCUCGCAACAGAGUCUUACAUCUCUGGAAACCACUGCAGAAGCAGCUGAUCCAUUUUUGAGAAGUGGUGAUUAUGAUUCUGCAUGUCCUGCUCCGAUUUUGCGGUUGAUGGGGAAGGAUUUAAUGGUCAGUAACAGGGUGGACGGUGAUCUGUCACGGUCUCGGGUGGCCAUUAAUGCCGGUAUGAAUAGGCUCGUGCAUCCUGUUACUGAAAUCACUUUCAGGGUAAACAGAAAUUGGCAUCCUCCGUCCUCACAGACUCCUGGUUUUAUGGAACCCCAGUCCUCCCAGAGUCCUGCUUUUGUGGAAACUCUCCAUGGGCAGGAUCCACAUAUUUUGUCUGCUCGGCAUUUUGAUGAUGGGUCAUCAAAUGUGAUACAAGGCUUUGAAGGCCAUAAUCGAGCAUUGGAGGACGUAUAUAUAAAUGAGCGCAUGCGUGGUAGUUUCUCUGUCCUUGGAGCAGCGCCUUUGCAAAGAUGAGUUUGGAAGCUUUGAUUUCAGUAUCAAUUCGAGGUGAAAGUUUCAUCCAGCAAUAUAUUGUUUGGAGAUUACAAAACUCAGGAAAAAGCUUCAUUCGGCGACGUCACAAAGACCACACGGGUGAGGCAUGGCAUCUCCUAGAAAACUUUGCCUAGUGUUCUGCCAUUUGGAUGCAGGGCCGUGUCUUUAAGCAUUGGGGGUUCGUAAUCUCGCAUUCAAAUUCGUCACGAAGUUGGCGUACAUAUGUAACUCUCACGUCAUUCGUAUCCAGCCUGUUGAGCAUGGACAUAAUUUAUGAAAAGGUUCAGAAGUUUUUCGCAUUUGCUGUCAGUACAUAUAGCGUGGCAAAUCCAUUCAAACUAUCAGGUCAUAUGUGACUUGUUUUUAUGGUGGUUGGAACAAACAUCUUAUAUUACAGAAACAAAACUCACAAAACCAAUUAUUGUUUUAUUGGUAUAACAACAUAUAUAAAUCAGCAAUAAGGAAGGGCCUUUUGUAGA